AUGGAGGGACCAACAGCAGGACGAGGGUCGGCGGGGCGGCAUAGGGUGGUGGAAGGCGAGAGCAAUGUGAGUUGUGGGCCGCUCUUUGCUGGAGGGGUGGACGACGCCGCGGUGUGGAGCGAGGCGCCCUUCUUCCUGGCCGGCCACACCACCCUCUACUCCGCCGCGUCAGGGUCGCUCUUCCUCUUUGGAGGCUAUGACGGCAGCAAGCGAACGAACGACCUGUACGUGCUUCGGAACGCCAAGUCGCUGGCCGCUGAAGGAGCCGAGAGCGCCGAGCUGGUCUGGGAAAAAGCGACACUGGAGGGCGUGCGGGACAGGGCGGGGCAUGGGUUCUUCAUGAAGGACGAAAAGCUGUACAUUCACGCGGGCUACGACAGCCAGCACAACGUGCUACAUGACCUCGUGGAGGUUGACGUUUCAUCUGAUGGGUUCUCUACGCGGACGAUGGAGUACAAGUCGGUGCUACCCAACCUGGAGCGGCGAUGGCAUUGCAACUUCCUUCACGACGACCGUUACUUCGUGCACGGAGGAUGGAACGACAGCGGCGGCCUGGCCGAUUUGAUCUACCUCGACCUCAAUACGCAAAAAUGGGCCGCGCCCAAGUUCAAGGGGACGGUGCCGUCCUUCCGCCGAUGGCACACGAUGACGCAACUGUCCAACACCAACGGCCGCUACUUCCUCUUUGGCGGUUACAAUGGCGGCAAGAUGCCCCUUGGCGACGCCUUUCUUCUCAACAUUGUCGACGACAAGCAGUUGGUGCUCCUCGGCGGCUACAAGGAGUCCGACAACGCCAUCUACAAAGAAAUCGCAGUUCUUCACACAGGUGUCGGCGCGUGCGGUUGGUCCAAUGCUGUGCGCAGUGGCCACUCGGCCACACUCAUCGAGGGCGAGGGCAUACUCGUGUGCGGUGGCUGGAAGCCGGACUACAUCCAACCGGCCUACUGGAUCGACCUACGCAUGACCUACGCAUGA